AUGACAGGUCCUGGUUCUCCUUGUGGGGCUUGCAAGUUCUUGAGAAGGAAAUGUGUAAGGGGUUGUGUUUUUGCUCCUUAUUUCUGUCAUGAACAGGGAGACACCCAUUUUGCUGGCAUUCACAAGGUUUUUGGUGCAAGCAAUGUAUCAAAGCUUCUUGCUCACCUCCCAGUGAGUGGUCGUAGUGAAGCCGCAGUCACAAUCUCAUAUGAAGCUCAAGCUAGGCUUCAAGAUCCUAUUUAUGGCUGUGUUUCACAUGUUUUUGCUCUCCAACAGCAGGUUGUCAAUCUACAAGCUCAACUAGCAUCUCUUAAAGAAUUACAAGCAGCUCAAAGCUUUCUCAAUGGCUCUGCUUGUGCAAACCCUAAUGAAAAGUACUAUGGAAACCCUUCUCAUCCACAAGAUGUUCAAAGUUGGUUUCAGUCAGAAAUUUCAAACAUGAUGCAACAAUUCAACCCAAACAUCAACAAUAAUGCCUCAACAAUGCCAUACCAAGAGAACAUGUCCAUGUCAAACUCUAUGGGGAACUAUGGAAAUUCAAACAUCCCUGAAGAAAUCGAUGCUUCAUAUGGCUGCAGCUAUGAAGAGGCUUCUCAUUCCAUGUCUUCUCUAGACAUGAAUAUAUACGACAAGCAAUGGUCUCUCCAAGAAACUGAUGACCUUCAGUCAGCGGCCUUCGGCUAUAUUCAGUAUUCAUGAUGGAAGAUAUAGGACUUGGCGUGACAGAUGUGUAAUCGGUGAAGACGACCUUUGUCAAUUUUGAAUUGCUGCACCAUACUCUGAAACAUGCACUUUUGUUGCCAUAAAUAAGCUAGAAACCCUAGAAAUGUUCAUACAAUUGGAAACCCU